AUGGUGUCGUGUACCUGCCACCGUCUCGGGUGGGUAAACAGAUCACGCGUGGGCUUGUUAUGGUAUAAUUGGGUUGGAAGCUGCUCCUCUGACAGUCUGCGGUGGAGAGGGAGGGAGGGAGGAGCGAGCUGGAGCGCCAUCACUCGUCAGGCUCAUACUGGAAGUUAAAUCCGAAACUAACACAAAUUGGUCGUCUCGGUACUUUGUAUGGACGGGCAGAGUUAGACUUUUAGAGGAACUUAAUUUAACCGUGUAAUCGUGUUCUCUGUCAGGGGAAAGAUCAGCUAUCCUUGCUGUCUGUGGGUGGAAAAGCACCGGAGCUGCUGCUGCUGGUUGUUUCUUUGAAGAGGACGUUCCCUAACCUGAGCAGGUAAGCUUUCCUUUACACCCUCCAGCUACAUACUGUACAUGAAAAAGUGAAACGGACCUGCUAAGAUUGCCCUCAGUUUGAGUUUAGUAGAGCGACGUAUCAUGACAAAAACGCACAAGCUGACAAACAGCAGUGACAGCGGUAGAGCUGCAGAUUCACAUACUAUACCAGGGUACUUUUACUCCAUCUCAUAACUUUAAUGAAAAAGUUCUCUUGAGUAAGUUUAUCAUAGUGUAGGUCCUGACAGAACUGUAGUUUCCAAAACAGGUAGAUUUCUUGGCCCUGUGUGAUGUGUGUCAAACCAGGUGAUUGUUUGCCUCUUGCCUCUACUUUUUCACUGAUAAUGAGUGUAAUAUUAUUAUAGAUGACAACUCUAACUGGAUUUGUUUUCAGCAGACUAAUAGACCACCGUGGCCAAAGGCAGCCACUGUUGAUGCUCACAGCGCCUCUGUCUCUAAUCUUUUUUGAUCUGGUAAAGGAUGGAGUCAAACAUCUUCCUAUGUGUGUACUGGAGGGGAAAAAACAUCGCAUGGUGUAACAGAAAGCUAGAAUUUGAAACACGACACAAACAAUAAAACAAUAAAUAGGCAAGACUGUUUAAGAUAAGAUACAUAAGUGAAUAACCUGCACCAACAAAGGUUAAAAAACUGAAUUAAAAAAUAAAUUACAAUUGAUUUUGUUCGUCUCAAAUUGUUGAAUUAGUUUUGAAUCGUUACAGGAAAAAGUAGUGAAACAAAUCUUAAUCCUUUCUAUAAAUUUUCAAAUAAACCACAUAGAUGCUGUGUCUCUUCACUGUUUGGUUGUGGUGCUAGUACCUGGUUUGAGAGGCUUAAUCCACCUUCAAAUCAAUACUUGAGUCCUCAGGGUACAAUUCUUUUUGAAUAUUGAUUGUUCGCACAACAGAUUACCUCCUCAUAUCCCUGUGGAUUUCUGUGCAGUGACUAUUGAAAGAGAGGUGCACAUCCUAACUCUAAUUAAUGUCUAACAAAGUGUCUGUGUGCAAGGCACUGAUUCAGUAAAAAAGCUCUAUGCUACAGUGUAGUUGUGCAACAUCUCCAUCCUUUUCACUGUAGUCCUCAAGAGUAUUGACAGAGUGAGUUGUUAUAAAGAUGUUUGGUGUAUAUUUGGAGAUAUAACGCAAAACCAGGAGACAGAUGUUGAAUGUAAAUAUUCACAAUAAAUCUGAAUCCCCUGAUGUGAGUUUUUUUGUCCUCAUUACACCAAGAAAUCUGGUUUCUACAACGAACUGCUUAACCCUUCAUUCAUUAAGGAUAUAAGGAUACAAAAAGCUGACCAUCCUCUAAAUAGCACUGUGAACCAUGACUGGAAACCCAAUUUCAACCAUUUGCUUUAUUAACCAUGAACAUGAAAGUGUCAAUCAGUGCCAUUAAUAUGUAUACUCAUGUCCUCCUACCCUAACCUCAGUGUCACAUGGAGCUGCAAAUGUUAAAAAGUAACACUACACAAAUGGCGCUCUGUGAAUAAUUCAUGUCAGGACUUUCAAUCUUCACUGUGAGUUUUUCGAAAAGACUACUUAUAACAAUAAUGGUUGAUUUCCUUUCAUAAUUUUUCUAAGGAAUAAUCUCUGCUGCUACUUAAAACAAUCAAAGUUAAAUCUCAGUUCUCCUACAUGAACCGAGGAGCUGCUUCUUCUUCUUCUUUGCCUAGGACUUAAUAAGACACAUGAUGCCUUAUGACCAUCAGUCCGUGCACAUCUUUUACCCUGUAAGGCACGUAGUGGUUGUGACAGGAAUGCAAAGUAGGGAGACCGAGGCUCUUGAGAACGGCCUUACUGUGAUGUUUCUAGUUAAUGAUCCACCAAACAGCGUCUGUUGAGGAUGGGGUAAAGGCUCUGACUUUGAAACAUGGUUCCAUAUGUUGGUUGUUGUGUUGAGACUGAGCUUACAACAGGCUGGUGCAAUAAGGUCCCAUCGCUUUGGCAGAGAAAAAUAGAUAGGAUAUUGGGUCAACCAGAUUAGAAACAAACUGGGAGAUGACUACGUGAACUUGAACUUAAUUUAUCCACGAGCAACUGUGCUUACCUUCACAAAGACAGAGCUCAGUUUGAUCAUGUAAACACUUCCUAUCAUUGUUUGUGGUGGGUCAGGAAGCUUCAAACUCAAUGACCACAUAUGCUUUUAUCAUUAUUUGGCUUUUCCAAAAUGUUAUUUAUUAUAUCGGACCAUUCAACCACAAGAGAGAAUAGAAAGAUAUACCAAUCUAAGAAGCACAGACACUUUUUGUGUGAUGAAAGGCUGUUUAGAGAUUUGGAAAAUGGACCAGCUUGUUUUGAAAGGCAUGGAUGUGAGAAAUUCAAAAAUUCCAGGUUCAUCUUGAGUGAUGAUAAAGUUUAAAGAUAAUAAAGAGUGUUAAUGAUUAGAUUGACAUUAACAUUAAAUAAUUCUCUUCAGUAUUUAUCUUUCCAUUUUAUUCUUAUACAUAGGUUUUAUUUUACUGUUCUGUAGAAUUCUUGUCUUGUAUAUAUAGCACCGUCUUUCUUACAACUAUUUGUACUUUUACUACCCUCUUUUUACUUGUCUAUUGCACUGGAUAGCAGAAGCUCUUCAAUCUCGUUGUACUUUUAGUAUGAUGACAAUAAAGGAAAUUCUGAUUCUGAUUCUGACAUAGUUGCCAUGAGGUUUAGGCUGUAGCUUAUCAAAAAGACCUAAAAGCUACCAGUCUACAUGUUUUGUUCAUUAAUCAAUUACUGAAUGAAACCAUACAGUGCAUUUCAGUAUACCAACGGCUGAACUUUUUGCUUUUUUGAUUAAUACUUCUGCAUAGACUCCUGAAUUAUUGCUUCAGAUCUGUUUAUAUAUAUUUUUUUACACUAGAGUUAAAAAGGAUGCAUGGAUUGAAUACCCCACUUUGUCAUCUCUCCUCAUUUAGGUGUCAGCAGCUGGUGUCAGGAUGAUUUGGUCUGAAGAACAGCCCUGGAGGUAACCCCACAUCACCCGUGCUGUUACCCACCCUUGUUUGCGUUCGUGGAGAUGGUCCACUGGACCACACAGUGGGGGACAUGUGCCUGGCUCCAGACUCUGCUGGCGUUUGCCUUGGCCAAUUGUUCCUCACUUGCCCCCAGCUCCGUCAACUACUCAGUGGUUUACACCAUGCCUUUUUUCCAGGCCAAGGGCCCCAUCCAGAACAUUGUCAACAACUCAUUUUAUCAGGAGGUGUAUGUUGCCUCUCAGAAUGUGAUUGAAGCGGUCAACAGAAGCUUGGAGAAGGUGUGGGAGCUCCGCACUGGGCCGGUAGGAAGCCCAGAGUGUCAAAUAUGCGAUUUGUGUGAAAUUGAAAAAGGGUCCAAUUUCCUGGAGGACACAGACAACCAGGUCCUGCUGUUGGAUACUCUUUUCAUGUAUUUAUAUUCCUGUGGAAGUUCUCAGUAUGGUGUAUGCUACUUCCACCAACUUACCUCAAAUGGAGAGGCGCCUUCUCUCUCUAAGUGUUUGUUCAGAAAGGAGUCAAACUCAGCUGCCUACUGUCCUGACUGUGUGGCUAGUCCUCUGGGUACCAAAGUGACAAUGGUUGAAGAGGGCCAGACUGUCUACUUCUUUGUGGCCACAACUGUCAAUGACAGCGUGACCCAGCGUUAUGGAAGGAAAUCUUUAUCGGUGCGUCGUCCACUGGCAACAGAAGAUGGUUUCUAUAGUGAUGUGCGUGGUCUGACGGUUCUACCAGUCCUGCGAAGUACAUAUCAUAUCGAUUAUGUCUACAGCUUUUUCACGCAGGAGUUUGUCUACUUCCUCUCAGUUCAGAGAGAGAGCCCUGAUCAAGGCUCAUCUCCAUUUCAGACCCGUCUGGGCCGUCUCCCGCGGAAUGAAUGGGAGAUGAAGAGGUAUCGUGAGGUGAUCCUAGAGUGUCGCUUUGAACCCAAACGCCGCAGGAGGAACAUUGCCAGUGAACCCUAUAAGGAUGUGGUGUACAAUGUGGUUCAGGCAGCCCAUUUUGGUAAGGCUGGGAGGGAGCUGGCAGAGGAGCUAGGGGCAGAGGAGGAAGAUGACAUCCUGUACGGGGUAUUCGCAGUUACUCAUGACAAUGGAGUCACUGAGCACGACUCGGCCCUGUGCGCCUUCCCCAUGGACAAUGUGAACAAAGCAAUCGCAGAUGGGGUGGAUGACUGCUGUGAGUCUGGACCAGAGCAGCUCUCCAGAGGGCUCUGCCAUUUUCAGCCCUGUGAAAGCUGUCCACAUGAGGUAAGACCUUCAGGCCAAUCCAGGUCAAGGAUUUAAUGCGAUCCCAGGUCACAAAACGUUGUAUGAGGAUGUAAAGCAAAAUCAAGAUCAAAAGCUGUGUUUCUUGGGAGUUCCCUCUAUGUGUGCAAACACAAAGAAGCAGGGAGAGUUAUACACAUUUCUGGUGAUACCACUCAUUAGAAAUGUGAAUUAAAUUUGAUAUUUUUAGUAUAGUCAUACAUUACAGAUGUGCACUUCUUUAUUUGGUGCAUUAUUUUGUAAAAAAAAAAAAAAAAAAAAAAAAACUAACAAAAAAAAAAAAAACAAAAACAAAAAGGAUGGCUAAAAAUUUCCAGAAAAAAACAUGUUUCUUGCUGAGCACUGGAUACAACAAACACUAAGGUUGGUAUGCUUGUGCAAGAAGAAGCUAGAGCUGAAAAUAAAUUAGUAUCUUGAAACUGAGAAAACAGCUUGCCAGGCCUUUCUGAGUAACAUUAAAAAAUCAUAGAAGAAAAACAGCAGCAACGCUCUUGCUUUAAUGAACACGCUGUAUCUUGUUAGCACUUAGCCAGAAGGAAUACUUUUCUUUUCUACUUGACGUCACUGUGAGGUCGUCACACGACCUGUGGAGAUUAAAUUGGUAAGCUGUAAUUAGUGAUCUUCCUAGGUGCUGUUGGGUGAUAUUUUUUGAUCUGAAGUUGGAGGCAGGCUUGCUGUUGUUUCUUUGCCUCCAUGCCUUGCGGAACAAACUGCCUGUUGCUCAAGCCUCAUACUUUCCAGUGCAGUCAUUUCAAUGAUUGCUACUCUCGUUUACCUCUCGAUAAGCUGUUUUCAAACAUUUUAGGUUAAAUGACCCUUUCUGACCUUUUCUCCAUGCUAAACUGAUGUCGGGCCAGUCAGGCUGAAGUUAUGGGAUAAUUUAGUGAAAACAUCUAAAUUUCCACUUGGAGCCUGAAUGGUCUUGUACUUUGUGGCCAGUCUCUAUUUUUAGUUGUAGGGUGUUUUUGUUGUUGUCAACCUGCCUGUGAAUGGAAACCUUGCAGACCAUGAAGAUUAUUUGCAUAUCAGCCUGUAGAGGAGUGAAAGUACAACUACUCUAAUCCAUUGUCAAGAUAAAAAUAGCUUUGGGAUGGAGAAAUGAUCACGGGUGAGUCACUGUACACACAACUAUCAAGGAUUGAAAUAAUAAAAAGUUGGAUGGAUGCCUCGUGGAAAUGAGAUAUUUAUAGCAUCAAAAGAUUGACUCCUUUAACUAGAAACACUGCAUGGUGUGUGUAUUUUGUAAUGUUUUAAGCCAUAUGUAGUUAACUUUAUUGAGAAAACUGCCAUUUAAUCAUUGAGAUAACUUAGAUGUUUUCUACAGUGCCUUUUCAAUUUUAUCUUAAUUUUUUCCUGUUUGGUUAGGCUGUUAAAAAAUGCAAAGAUAUUCUGGGAAACAUAUGUGACUUAAUCAUAUAUGGCUAACAGAGAUGCACACUUAAGGAUGCAGUAGGUUCUUUUGAAAGAUGAAGUCCUUUCCACUUGAACUUGUCAAUAUUUUCUUUUAAAACUUCUUGUAGUUUGUUUAUUUUUGCUGCUGGUCUGAAUGUUGAGUCAGUGAAAUCUAUAGAUUUUUUUGUGGUGCUCCGGUUUCUUCAAAGAUCGCAUCUUCCAUCAGCGCCAUUGGUACAUAGUAUGCUUUCUUGCAUUGUUAUGUUGUUAUUUAAGUGAGAAAUCACAUAAUUUUCGAUGGGAGUAAAUGCAUGUCUGACAUGCUUUGGUUCAGCAUUUGUUAAAACUAUAUUUUGGGUAAGAAUUUGGUGCAUAGCCAUUUGUCUCAAUGUUGUCCAGCAACGUUACUCUUUGUAGGUAACUGAGACUUUGUGAUUUCCUCAUGACCACAUUUAUAAAGUAUAGGGUGUGUCUUAAAGUUAGUCAAAUAUUAAUUUCUGAUUGGAGAUCAUUGGACUUUGAGUUUUAGGGUUGAGUAAAAGCUGAUUUUAAUUUGUCUUUUAGUUUCUUUUAAGCUCUGCAGAUCAAAAACCUAAUUAAUUCAGUUUUUAGUUUUUCAUGAGGCUUUAUGACAGAUUCAUGUCUCCCAGUAACUUUUGCAUUCUUUUGUGUAGUGUCCAGUUUCCUCUUUCUUUUAAAAACUACCUGGAAAAAAUACUCUGCUUGUAAUUUCUUGUUUUUCUUAUGCAUUAGUAUUGGUAAUAUCGAGUAGUGUUUACAGAAAGACUCCCUGUAAUCAUACUGAGCUCCACCCCGCUCCGUGUUUACAGCUACAAAGUAAUCCCUCUGUUAAUAUUGCAGCAUAAGAAUCACUCAUUAUGACCCACGUGAUCACAAAAUGAUCACACCAAUAUGACAUUCAAACAAAUACCCAAGCCUGUCAUGGUUCAGGUUUAAGAAUUUAAAGGAGAAAAUAUUGUCAUCUUAGAGCUCAUCACAGCAUCCACCUUGAGUCGUCCAGCUUAUUCAAAGUACUUCAUGAAUCAGACUGGGUGCCGGAAGCUUUGCGUGGGUGUCAGAUUAAGCCUCUGGUUUGGUUUUAAAGCAGCAUAGAGGAAACGUGGUGUUGUCAUACAUCUGCUUACCAUUAGAGACUUGUGUCAACACAGCUUUAAUCUCUGAAUAAUGUUUAAUCGCUAUCAGUGUUGCACUCUACCUGUUGACUUCCUCUGGAGCUUUCUACUGUUUCACAAUCCUUAGCAGGAGGUAAUAGGAUUUGUUUUGAAACUGCUUUAUCCACUUGAGCCUGGGAUUUGAUUGUUUAGUGUACUUCUUUAGUUAGACUGAACCCUUUUAUUUUUUAUUAUGGGAAUAAUAAAAAAGUACACUACAGGAGGUAAGAGCCGUUGCUGGUCCCUGUUGGCACGAUCACCUGAUGUUCAGUUGUUUUAUAAAACUUCUUUUCUCUCUCUUGUCUCAUUUUGAUCCCCCUCUGCUAUGUCUGGAUUUGGUCCCAGAGCAUGGAGAACAAUCCCACAUGUAGAGACCACCCUACCAUGGUAUCAAAGCCCUACUACAGAGUGGACCUCUUCAACAGGCAGAUGACAAACAUCCUGCUCACAUCUCUUUUGGUCACGACCAUAGAGAACAAGACCGUGGCUCAUAUCGGCACAUCUACUGGACGCCUGCUGCAGGUAUUCAGCAUGCUUUAACCUUUAGUUUGUCAUUGCCCCUGUCUCCACCUGACUAAUGCAUAUGAACUGCUCCUCACUAUCAUUUGUUAUGUCUGUGUUGGCAGCUGGUAUUGACGAGAUCCAGCCCAAUAAUCUUUGCCAAUUACUCUUUGGUUGAGAACAAGAGAGUAUCAUCUAUUGCUGCUGUUUACUCAUCAGAGUAUCUCCUCUUUGUUGUUGGAGAUAAGGUAAGUGACCCAUACCAUGUGUCUUCAAUUACAGUAGAGAAAUAAGCUGUGAAACAUUUUAUGAACUCAGAUAAGGACUUGGUGGAUUUCAUUUCCUCCUGAUAGGGCGUCUCUGUGUGACAACUUUCUAUCAUGCAGUGUAAAGACAGGCAGGUUUCAUUAUAUUGUAGUUGCAAAUGAGUUGGGAGUCUGAUUGAUAUUCUGUCAAUGACAUUGUGGUCCUCUGGAGACCCUAAAGGGGUUGAUUUCCUGCCCUCUCCCCGGUGCAUGCUAGGAUAUGGUGUGACUUCUGUGACCUGAAGAAUGAUUAAGAAAAUAAAAUCAAUGCACUUGAUAACUUUGGAGGGGCAGGGUUCAUAUUGGAGGCUGAUACUGGAGCAGUAAUCACAUGGGAAAGUUGUUUUUUAUUGAGGCACAACCAGAAAAGGAAGCAGACUUUUAUAAGCUUUUAACAGAUAUGCACGUGAAAGGACCUCUUUUUUGUAACAUGUCACACAUCUUCUCUAACCUUGCUGAACAUUUUUUAGGCAGUGAAGUUAAAUAUUGCUGAAGUUUGAUUAGGAUAGUACCAUGUCAUGUAAAUGUAGAGUAUUUUUUUCCUAUUUCUUUCUGAUUAUCUGUUUGUGUUAGAUCUUAUUUCAAGCAAAAAGCGCUGACCUUUAUAUGAGCAGUCCGGUGCUGAAUGAAGCCCGGUAUCAACUUACAUCUGUCCCUUGACAUAAAAAGGCAUGAAUUAUGAAGGAGUAAACUAAGACCUUCCAUUCAGAUUAUUUUAAGUCCCUGUGGAAAGUUUUCUUGUUGUUCAUAAAACAGAUUACGGACGUUUUAUCAGCCAAUAGUAAGCAAAACUGUUGACAAAAACGCUGACACCCUCUAAGUUUUUAAAGAACAGGAUGAGAUUUUUUAUGGAAAACACACCUUAUACAUGUGCAGGAGGAAAUGAACAAAGAGAUGAGACGGCUGACGUUGUUCACAGGGGGCGCAAAGUCAAUACUAGAAAAUUACCUCUGGGAAAUUUGGAAAAGGCUGUGGGGGCUACUGCCAGGGUGUUUACAUUAUGAUGAGAUUCUUCAGAGAUUUUAAAUAAUUAAUACUAGUAGCAUUGGGAUAUUAUAUACAAGGAGCUCAUCUUUGACAAACAUUCCUUCUUAAAGUAUUUAUCUAUACAGCAGAAAAAAAAAACAGAACCAGAGCAGUAGAUGUUUGAAAUAAGAUUAGAUUAGAUUAAAUUCAACUUUAUUGUCAUUGAACUCAGUACAAGUACCGGAAUACAGUUUAGCGUCCAACCAGAAGUGCAAGGUAGAAAAGUGCAAGGUAUGUACAUAUGGGCAGUGCAGGUAUGAACUAAAUAUAUAAUAUAUAUACGUGAUGAAUAUGCUAAAAAGAAUAAAAACAGUGUUGGUGACUGCAGGUAUGAAUAGGCUAUACAACAAAAAUAAAUAUAUCUAAUUAUGUAUAUUAUCUAUAUAUACAGUAUACUGAUUAGUGCAGGUGUGGAAAAGAGAAAUGCUAUUAAACAGUGGGUGUGUUAACGAAUAAAAACAGUAAGAUAUUUAAGAGUAUGAGUAGGAAUAUGUACAGAUAUUAAAUAAAUAGUUGGAUUACAUAUGUAUAGAUACAGCGGAGUGUGAUCAGUCUUAGAUGUGGGGGUGAUACUCCAAUAAUUGCUCUUUUUUGGGGCUUGUUCCAUUUUCUUCAAUGCAAUUUUUUUCUGCAGUUUUUUGCUACUAACCUUGCGAAAAUUUUUUCACUACCAAGAAAAGUAAUGGAACACACGUUUUGAUAUGUAAUUUGUCCUACAACUCUUCAAGCUGUAGGACUAGUAGUGAAUCGAAAUUUGUCCAGAAGAGGAAUAAGAAAAAAUCCACAGUUUAACAAUACUGGCCCCUGCAUUUUUGUAUCGAGUCCAGUGCCUCGGUGUGUUUGCCCAGUGGCCCUAACUAGCAGAUUUCUGUCACAGGAGCUUGACAAGCACAUGAAUAAUGAAACAGCACAGGCUAACUGUCUCUAAAGGAAGAUUUCAUGGCCUGAGAAAUCAUUUAAUCUCUCCUUGUCAGAUGUUCCAGGUGCCUCAGAGAGGACCGGGCUGUCAACACUUCCUGACCUGCGCUAUGUGCCUGACAGCCCCUAAGUUUAUGGGCUGUGGCUGGUGCUCUGGAGUGUGCUCCUGGGAGAGUGAAUGCAACAGUCGCUGGAGGAACGAGUCCUGCCCACCAGGGAUCUCUGGGGUGAGAUUUGCUUUGUAAGGCUUUCUAAAAACCGGUCUGUGCCACUCAAUAUGCAUUUUAAGGUGGCACUGUAUAUUCUGUUUUAUUGACGCAGUUCUUUCCACGGACUGCUCCCCCUGAUGGUCAAACAGAGCUAAUGGUGUGUGGGUGGGAGUUCCAGUCUCCUUUAAGACCUGCUAUUACCUCCAGAACCCACCUGGUUCGGCUGGGUCAGACAACCUGCACUGUGCUUGCAGCCAAAAGUAAUAUCACACAGUGAGUGUCGAUGAAGAGUUUGUCCUCCAUUCCAGUUGUAAUCUACUUGUGAAGUAACUUUUUUUUAGUUAGAAGUUUCCAGAAAACUGAGUGAAAAUAAACUGUGCUUUUUACCUCUAAAGCAGUUUUUUUUACAGACUCACUGACAAACUAGUUCUCUGAAAACACUUGUCAUUUAUUAAAAAAUAUGUUGCCUGAUGCUGUUUUUAGUUUCUAAAUUUUAAUUUGACCCAAAGUUUAAUUUCUUGCUUCUCUUUAGUCUGGUGUGCAAGAUUCGCUCUGGUGCUACUGAGCUGUCAAAACCCGUCAAUGUUACAGUGGAGGUCCACGAGGGCAAGGUGGAUGGUCGCUACUCUAUUGACGGGAGGGCAGAACUGCCAGGGUUCACAUUUGUGGUAACCUUCAAGUUCUUCUGCUUAUACUUUGUAUCUCUUUAUGAGCAGAUGCAUUAAAAAAAACUUAAUUUACACUUCAAUAAAUUGUCCCAUUAGAUUCCAAACAUCACAGAAAUCCAGCCCAACUAUGGGCCUCGUGUUGGGGGCACUCUCAUCACUGUGACUGGGCCUCAUUUGGAUGCUGGAAAGACCAGAAAAGUCACGCUCAAUGAUGUGCCAUGUCCAAUAAAAAGGUCUGGAAUAACAUCUAAUCUGUUAUCAUUUUAACUUCCAAACAUGCUGUAAGCCAGAAAGUUACUCAUACUGAAAUGUGAUGUCAGUGCUGCUGCUCAGAACAUUUUUUAUUGCCAUGAUGAGGCAAACAUGUUACCACUUGUAUUUACAAUCAAGGUUUGAGAAACUCCUGGCUAAGUCCUGGGAGGACCUUGCCAUGACUAAGAAUGCUGCUAUUUUCUGCAGUUUUUCUUCUGUUAUAUAACUGAACACAAAAGCAUAUUUCAAAGCUUGGAGAGCUUUUAACUUUUACAACUACUCACUUAACCUCUCUCUCUCUCAUUACAGUGUCACAAAGCCUAAAGGGGAUGUGUCCUCCAUCAUCUGUCUGACCCAGCAAAUCUCAGAGGUGAGGGACGUUCCUCUGAGUGUUUUCAUCGACAAGUCCCCUGUUCUCACCACAAAGGUGUUUUACUAUAAAGAAAACCCAAAGAUUACCGCUGUCCUGCCCAGCUGUAGUUUUGACAGGUAGGCCGCUUAGACCUCUUGUACAAAAGACUGAUGUGUAUCUUGAGAUGUCACUUCACUAUCUUUAACAUUUGCUUUUGUUAAAGGGGGUCGAAGAUUGUGAUUGAGGGGGAGAACCUGGAUUCUGUUUACCGCACCAUCAUCCGUUUCAAACCUAAUGAGAGUCACUUAAAACCUGUGACAAGGGUACGGUAUUUGUAGUAAUGGGGAAAAACCAUAGACUGUAUAUACUAUGGACAACUUGGUUCCGUCUUCUGCCGGUAUAUGGGUUUGAAGCCGAAAAGCUCUCGGUAAUUCCACGUUUUUUCUCCACUUCCUGAAACCAACAUUGCGCAGUAGCGUUGUGCGCAUUCGGCAGGAGAAUCGCAGAGAGUCGCUGUUAUGACGCUCGACUCAAACAGCAUAUCCCCCGGGUGAGCUACGCAAUCCCUGGCAAUAGGCUUUAUCAAGUGUCAAUCAUAGAAAACAUGAACCCCCUAAUAACUUUAAAAACAGAGCUGCACAGAAAAAAAGAGGACUUGAGCACAAACCAGUCUGACAGUAACUACAUGUCAACAUCGCAAGCGGGGGGAGAAAAUUUAUAUUCUUUGUAAUAACUUUCUAAAGUUUGUCCACAGCCCCAUAAGGAUGGCUGACGGAGGUGGGAUUUAUGACCUAUACUGCAGCCCGUCACCAGAGGGUGCUGUUCUCGCGGUGGCUUCACCCAGCGAGGAGGCAGAUGGCGUCCAUUCUAUAUACAGUCUAUGGGAAAAACUCAAAAGCUAAAGCUAAUUCAUUCAAAGUGUAGUUUCCUCGGCUUUAAUUUUACAGUUUGAGCUUGGCAUUAAAGUAUGAUUACUCUGUUUUUCAGGAGUGCAUAGGCAAGUCUCUGCCUACAAGGAUGGAGUGUUUCUCUCCUGUAUUUCACAGAGACGAAACAGAGGAGGGGGAGCUUUCUUUUGACAUGGACGGGGCUUUGGGGCUCUGGAACAAAGAGUUCUCUUACCACCCCUACGGCGAGCCCAUACCUUUUGAAACUGAGGGUCAUGUGCUGAGUUUGUACCCCGGAUUUGAUGAAGUCUCAUUGCAUGUAAGAGAUAGUUGUAAGGCUAUAUGCGUUUGGAUGAAAACCAUCAUAAAUGCUCCACCCUGAUUUACGUCUCUGUUCACAGCAUCAAAAGCUGAAUCUGGUGAGCUCCUGCAUGACCAUCAUUAUGACUGUGGCUGGUGUCAACUGUGAUGCCAAAGUCCUGGAUAAUGAAAUCACCUGCAGGAUACCCAAAAACAUGACAAUCCCCAGUGAGGGCUUGCCUGUGAAGGUAAAGAUGAUAAAUGACUGGCUGAUGUACCUGGAUCCAGCAUGUAACAGGAGUCUAAUCUAAUUGUGUAUUGUUCUGGCUGCACUGUGAAGCAGCCUUUGGAUGGCAGUCAAAUACACACUGAUACUGCCUUCAAAAUAAAGGGAUAUUCCGGCGUUAAAUUUAUCGAGAGUCAAACACCGUAACACAGAGUUAGACAUCCCCUUGAGAGAUGAUUGUUACUGACUGCUUGCUUCUCUAGUUAAACCAACUUUAGUAACAACUGUACGAUAGCAAUACACAGCAGUCUGAGGAGCCACAAACAAACCUCAACCAAAAUGCCACUCUAUCGCCACAGUACAGUACAUAUAGGGUCCCAGCCAUAGAACUAGCCACCACACAUCUUUUUAACUUUGCCUGAUUUCUUUAGCAAAGAGACUAAACACAACUCACCUACUCUCUUCCGGCAGCUGCUUGUUUGUAGCGAGACCUUGGGCCAGUAUAUAUGGACUACAGCAGGACAAGAACAUUCAUCUCUGGGGGGGGGUUUGACCCUGAAUUAAUAUUAUGCCGGAAUAUUCCUUAAGAGCAGCUAGAAAAUAAACUGAGAUGCUACAUUUUCUCUCAGAGUGGUAAUAAUGCAGUAUCAUAAGUUUUCACCCCAUUUGAUGGACUGUUCUUUAGAUCUCCAUCAACGGACAGGUCCACAACGUUGGUGUGGUGGUGAGGGUCAGCAACCACUACAUGGUGGGCAUUGUUCUGGGGAUCCUUGCAGCUCUUGUGGCCGGGGCAGUGUUGGCCUUCGUUGUCAUGAAACACUUAAGGAAGAAGAAGAAAGGUGGGCUCCUCUGUUCCCUGGACCUUGGUCCCUCUUGUUUAUACAACAGCAAGCAGCAGUGGGAGGGGACUUUGGGUUGAAUCUCGCAAGUCUUUCAACUAGAACAUCCCUGGUGUAGCAUAAGUUGUCCAGAUGUUCUGCCCCUGGGAUUGAUGAUUAAAAAGUAUUGUGAAAUGUUUUUCAGCCUCCAUGGUGGAGAGCCGCCUGUCUCACAGUGUGAACCACUCAAGAACGAAUAAUGUGGAGCUGUCACCUGUUGGGGACUACAGGAGAGGUGACUAACCAAGCACUUAUCCCUGUAGUUUUUCAUUUUUAUACAACUGACCUACCGUCUCAACCCUCACUGAUAAAUUUCCCUCUUUGGCCUUGUAUCAGUAGUAUCUCUGAAUCCUCCCACCCCGCUGGUGGGCCCAGUGGUGUUUCCCAGCCUGGCUUAUGCUGCAAGCGGCAUCGAUCCUACCCUCACUCCCCUCAUGCCUCCAGAUAAGAUCUCCAUCUCCAGUUUCAGGCCAGAGCUGCUGGAGGAGGUAAAGGAUGUUCUUAUUCCUGCUGAGUUGCUGCUUGUGCAGCACCACCGCAUCAUAGGGAAGGGUAAGAGACCCCGUGGCAUCGAUCACAGAUGAAAAACCUGCAAAAGAAGUUCUCAUACAAGCUAUUUCAUGUAUUGGAGAAAAGUCUGUAUUCCUGUGUCAUCUUAUCUCUCUCUGUUUUAACCUGCAGGUCAUUUUGGGACAGUCUAUCAUGGUUAUUUGACUGACCACAACACCAGAGAAAUCCACUGUGCUGUCAAGUCUUUGAAUAGUGAGUGGAAUCUGCUGUGCAAGAGUGGACAUUCACCCCUGUAUAAAUACAGAGAAAGACUGUAGAUCCUUGUUGAAAGACAAAUAGCCACAAGUACUAAUUUAUUUAUUAGUAAUUUUACUUCCGAUUUUUCUUUCUAAAAGUAUUGUACACUUAACCUAGCAGUGGUUACUGGGAAAAACUAGCUAAAAACAUGGGAGCUUUCAAUCAGCUGCAUGACAACCAGUUUAUUCAAAGGUAUCUGUCUACAUUGCAAAAAUCUAUUUACUCAGUUUGGGCUACAUUACCCCAAAGGUUGAAACUGAAAACUUUUUUUACGCACAAUGUUUCAAGCAAAAAAGAAAAUCCCUUGAAGUAAAUACUACAUCUCAUUUCAAUAAACUUAUCAAGAAAUUUUUCUUGCCACAUUUACAUUUUUACUCAUUACAGUCAAUUUAGUCUUGUUUCUGGCUCACUAAGCCCCACUGCAGCUAGCCUAAUGUAAGGGUGCAGGGACUGUCUACAAAGUAAAGUACUGACCAAACGUCCAGCUUUACUGAAUGGUAUUUUCAGUCCCAUGUUUUCCAUAAUACGUGUUUGUUUGCAUGCAUGUGUGUGUGUCUGUGGUUUGUGUGUCUGUGUGUGUUUUAUCAGGAAUUACCGAUGUUGAGGAGGUGGAGCAGUUUCUGAAGGAGGGCAUCAUAAUGAAAGGUUUCCACCACAGUAAUGUGCUGUCUUUGCUGGGCAUCCUCUUGCCACAGGAAGGGCUCCCUCUGGUGGUGCUACCAUACAUGAAGCAUGGGGACCUGCGGCACUUCAUACGCUGCGAGAAGAGGGUGAGACUCAUAGAAAAAUUUACACAUAGUCAAAAUUAUACACUGACCUCUGUUAUACCUGCUCUAAGUCAGUGUUUUUGUGACGUUUUUGUGGGAUUUAUUCAGAACCCCACUGUAAAGGAUCUGAUUGGGUUCGGGCUGCAGGUCGCAAAGGGGAUGGAGUAUUUGGCUCAGAAGAAGUUUGUGCACAGAGACCUUGCAGCACGUAACUGCAUGUGAGUCAGAUGUGCACAGAAAUAUCAUUUUAUUUUCUAUGUGAGGUCAAAAUCUUUCUAUGAUGUCUCAUAAUUUGAAAACACAGUGUAACAUCACUUGGUUAUAUGUUUUGUGAUGAAUGGGCUGAUUUGUCUUUGUCUUAGGCUGGACGAGUCAUACACAGUCAAGGUGGCAGACUUUGGCAUGGCCAGAGAUGUUUUCGAUAAGGAGUAUUACAGUGUUCAGGAUCACAGGAAAGCCAAGCUGCCGGUCAAAUGGAUGGCUAUUGAGAGUCUGAAGACGCAGAAAUUUACCUCCAAGUCUGAUGUGGUGAGAUUAUUGUUAUUUAGAACUGAUGGACACUUUUCAGAUUGAUUAUUGAUGCAUUCAUUAAUAUCCAUGAAAACGAUCUCAGUGUUUGUGAUAAAAAAAGUAAUCAUCAUUAAGAUUAACAAUUUUAAAAGCAGAGAAAAAACCUUACAUCAAAAUCAGUCAUUGUUUCUUCGUUUGAACUACGAACUACUCUCAUCUUUUAAAAUAAUGUAAAUAUUCCAAUAAAAAGGUAAAAUAAAUACUCUUUUCUUGUUAACCCUUAAAUACUACUUUUAUACACUUCUAUCAAAUCAUUAUGAUCAACAAAUUACUAAAAAAACACCUGAAUACAGUCCGAUAAAUGAUAAAAAUGUCCUCUUGUAGUUUAUCAGUUUCCAAAAACAUCUUAUGUAUCAAACGAGAUCAAUAAAUAUAUUUGUUAAAUUUUAAGGACAUUUUGAUUUCUUUGGUUUUCGGUUGUAAGUGAAAUAAACAUUUCAGCUCCAAAAAAAUUUGAAUUUUCUGGCCAUAUUUGUGGUUUCAGGCAUUAAAGGGUUCAAAGUCUAUCAGUAGUACUAUGACAGCGGCAGUAAGUAGUGGUGUAAGAGUUUGUUUGUCUCUGGUUUUCCUUUCCUUUUCUCUACUUGCUGUAACCUUUAAUGCAGUGGUCCUUUGGUGUGCUCAUGUGGGAGAUGCUGACCAGAGGAGCAAGCCCCUACCCGGAGGUGGACCCUUAUGAUAUCACACAUUACUUAUUGAAAGGCAGGCGGCUACCACAGCCGCAGUACUGCCCUGACCCUUUGUAAGUACUUCGAAUGUGUCAUGAUUUCCAUUGCUGUUGCUUAGGUCACAAACACUCACUCUGUAAAACUUCAGAGAAUAAGCCACGUCUAUACUAUGAAUACUUAUACUACAUUGACACUGACAUAGACUCUCACCAUCAAGUGAGAGUGGAGUGAAAAGUUCAAAGUUCAGACUUGUUAAAAAUGAGAUGUUCUUACGAUCACUUAGUUGUGUGAAACCUGUGAACUGUCCACUGCUUGGUAUUCUAACUUGGUUAUGCAAUGAAGUUUGUAAUGGAGUUAAUGUUUAUUUUAACCACACACCUCAAAGAAACCUGCUUACCCCCCCCACACACACAUACAUAAUUGCAAAACCACUUACACUAGUGCUUUUUAAUAAUAAAUCUCAUGGCCAGGAAGCUUUUUGCAACAACUCACAGGAUAACGGUGAAUAAAUUAACCAUUUAUGUGCUCCAUCUGCUCUGUCCUUGACACGCAUCCAAUUUGGGUGAAAAGUCACAGGAGAAGGUUGGAAUCAGUUCAGUGACACUCUCAUGUAUCUGCGUUCAGACUAAAGCAGGAGCAAAGCUGUGGUUUGCUGUUAUUAUAGUGGACAGAAGUGUCUGUCCAGUUCUUGAUCAGACUUUGUCUGUUUUCUUUCCAGGUACAGUGUGAUGCUUCAGUGCUGGGACCCUGACCCUGAACUGAGGCCCAGCUUUGCAACAUUGGUAUCAACUGUCUCCACCAUCCUGUCCGGCCUGGCAGGAGAACAUUAUAUCAGUCUGAACAUCACCUAUGUGAACCUCGACCAGCCGCGACCUUACCCCGCCCUCACAGAGUCUGCUGAUGAAUAUGACUCCACAGAUGUUGAGGACUCAGGCUCGGUGUCUUCCUGAGCCGCUCCUCUCCCUCCCCUAGACUUUUUAAUGAUUUCAAAAGUAGUAGAAAAAGACUGCGGUACCACAGAACAUGUGAAAGAAAACAAGUCCAGUUGUUUAUAUUUCAGCAGUGCAGAAUAUCCUCAUGAAUCCUGGAUAGAAAUCCUGAUCAAACUGAGCUCUGUCUCUGAAUCAUAGAGUUUUUGAAGUGGCAGGUAGAGGCCGACAUGAGAGAGGAAAUAUUUUUGUACUGUGUUCAAACAUGAAGGUGCAU